CACGUUCCUCAAAACUCCGCCCUCGCAUUUAUGUCAAGAAACAUUUCACUCAAGAGUCGUCACAGCUCCAAUAAACACCGAGGAGUUUAGACAAUUCAAGGGAAGCGGUCAAGAGUUUACCUGUGUUGGUGCGAAACAUGUUAGACCCAUCCUCCAGCGAAGACUCGGGGGGAGAAAUGAACGAGGACACUCAAGUUCCAAAAGACCCCCCGACUUCCUCGGGUCAAGGAGGUAAACAUAAGAAACGACCACCUGCGGACCAAGCACAAGCCGAAAAGUCUCCUGUCGAAGACCAGGUGAAAAAUGAACAGGAAAGACUUCAGAAAGAGGAAGCGGAGAGGAAAAGUAAACUACAGAUGUAUGUAUUUGUGUUGAGAUGUAUAGCGUACCCUUUCAAUGCCAAACAACCCACGGAUAUGGCACGCAGGCAACAAAAGCUGAAUAAGCAGCAGCUGCAGGCGGUACAGGAUCAUUUCCAGGCCUUCCUGAACGGGGACACACAGAUGGUGGCGGACGAGGCCUUCUGCAACGCCGUGCGCAGCUACUAUGAGGCAAGAGCUCACCCACCUCACCCGUGCGCCAAAAAUGACUAG